UCAAACUUAAUUGUGUCAAUUGUCAAGUUAUUAAAGCGAAAUGCUAUUUAAGUGUACUUACAUGUGCUAAAUUCGUAAAUGAAGAAUAAUUUCGUAACGAAAUCAUACAUUACUCAAUAAAUUAUAGUAUGAACCAUAAUGAAUUGUAAAACAAUUGAGUACCAUUAAAUAUUUGUGUUGUACUCGGUAGCGUAACUACGGUUCUCGUCUCACCGCAUCUCUUAUUUACACCGUAAAUGUGUACAUCUUUCAUUUGUUAUUCUUCUAGAUCUUAAAUUAUUAUAUUCAAUCGUAAUUUCUCACGUUAUAACGGCAUAUCAAAACUAAAUCAUGUCGAUGCCACAUAGUAGCUCGAGCACUACGAGUUCAAGCACAAAACGUAAAGAAAUAUACAAAUAUCAAGCACAAUGGCCUCUGUACUCCAUGAAUUGGUCAGUUCGUCCGGACAAAAGGUUCCGUUUGGCUCUGGGCAGUUUUGUGGAAGAGUAUAAUAAUAAGGUACAAAUCAUAUCAUUGGAUGAGGAGACGAGUGAGUUCAGUGCUAAGAGCACAUUCGACCAUCCUUAUCCAACCACAAAAAUUAUGUGGAUUCCGGACAGCAAGGGGGUGUAUCCUGAUCUUCUGGCUACUAGUGGGGACUACCUCCGCAUCUGGCGUGCCGGUGAACCGUACACAUUGUUCGAGUGUGUUUUGAAUAAUAACAAGAACUCAGACUUUUGUGCCCCUCUCACAUCUUUUGAUUGGAAUGAAGUCGACCCAAAUUUGAUUGGUACAAGUAGUAUCGACACCACUUGCACCAUCUGGGGCUUGGAGACGGGACAGGUGAUGGGGAGAGUCAAUGAGGUCUCUGGACAUGUGAAGACUCAACUGAUUGCUCAUGAUAAGGAGGUGUACGACAUAGCGUUCAGUCGCGCGGGAGGAGGCCGCGACAUGUUCGCCUCGGUGGGAGCGGACGGCUCUGUUCGCAUGUUUGACCUGAGACACCUUGAACAUUCCACCAUUAUAUAUGAGGAUCCGCAACACACGCCGCUGCUCCGGCUGGCGUGGAACAAGCAGGACCCCAACUACUUGGCCACUAUAGCGAUGGACGCGUGUGAAGUCAUCAUACUUGACGUGAGGGUUCCUUGCACGCCGGUCGCCAGGCUCAACAACCACAGAGCCUGUGUUAACGGCAUCGCUUGGGCUCCGCACAGUUCGUGCCACAUCUGCACGGCGGGCGACGACCACCAGGCGCUGAUCUGGGACAUCCAGCAGAUGCCGCGCGCCAUCGAGGACCCCAUCCUGGCGUACACCGCCGCCGAGGGUGAGGUCAACCAGAUCCAGUGGGGCGCCACCCAGCCCGACUGGAUCGCCAUAUGCUAUAACAGACACACCGAAAUAUUACGCGUCUGAGAUUAUCCCCCUCGGAUGAGCCGCGUCCGACUUUACCCCUCUCCGAAGUUGCCUUGUGAUUCUGACUUAACGAUCGUGAUAGCUGUUAUCAGGCUAGCUGUUGGCUCGUUAAUCAUAUUAUAACGAUGUACCUGUGAUCUACAUCGCUCUCAUUUCUCGCCAGCCUAAUCAUUCGUUAACAUUUAGCAGGACACGCGCCGCAUAUGAUGCGGGUCUGUGUGUCCUGUGACGUCACUCUCGUAUGUGCAUGCAUUAUUCUCAUACACUGUAACUGUGAUUCUCGCGUGUCCAGCUGCCGGGAGCGAGGUGAACCAGAUCCAGUGGGGCGCCACGCAGCCCGACUGGAUCGCGAUAUGCUAUAACAGACACACCGAGAUACUGCGAGUUUAGAUCUGUAGAGAGUAAACAUACUCCACCACUGACACCACCCACCUGAACCUCGGUACACCACACCACAGACUAAAAGUGACCCGUUUGGCUUCAUCAGAUAUAUUAAUUAUACAGUUUUUAUUCUAUUUGGUAAAUUAAAUAACAUUCUCCUGUAACAUCUAUUUUUAAGUGGUUUCUGAUGGAAUAAGUAUCUUUUUGUUGCUUAAAAUUUAAAUCGAAUCCUUAUAUAGGGAAACCGUUGAGCUUCUCGGUGAAGAUGACAUGUGUAUGAAUCCACUGGUUGUAGUGAUUCAGUAUUACAAAUUAUAAAACAGUAAAAUCUUGAAACUAAGACUGAUAUGAAGAUGAUGACCGACCACUGACCACUGACCACCGACCACCAGCACACUCCCUUCACAACUGUAACACAUGCCCUAUUUACAUUUAUGUAGUGUUCCCCGACCUGCAUUUAAGCCCAGAAGCUUUCAAUAGAUAAUAACAUCCCCAAGUUUGUAGGACUGUUAGCCGUCUGCUGUAGAUGAUGUUUGUGUUAUAGAUUAGCCAAUACAUGUAUUGUUUUAUGUGUAACGAGCAUUUACAUUGGAAAUAAUAAAUCUUGGCUCACUGCUGUCACAUCAGAAUUUGGUUAGGAAUUUUAUUAUAUGAUAAUAUAAAAAUUAUGUGAGAACUCACUAUUGGUACUGUUUAGACAAUUAGUGUGAUGCAUUGACUCUGCAUUUACUACGGUAAAAUAAUUUGAAUGAUGUGCUGUGAUCUCGACAUUUAUUGGACUAAUUUCAAUUCGUGAGAUAUAUGUUAUUAGGUUUGAAUAUUUACUGUAAGGACUAUAAUAGUAAUUAAUUUAUACAAAGUAGUGAUUAAGUUUUCUUAAUUAAUAAAAACAUGUCAAUA